UUUCGAAAACACUUCCCUCUCAUACUCUUUUAUCAUCGAGCUUCUCCCUCGCGUAACAGAGCGUAACAGAGCGUAACUUCUUAUUCACGUAACAGAGAUCUUCGACCAAGCUUCUUACUCUCCGUCACCAAGAUAAUCAGAGCAAGCUUAUUCCUCACAUCAUCCGAUUGAGAUCGCCGGAGCUAUUAUUCUCCCGUUCUUGAAGAAUCCAUAAUCUUAUACCAAAGAGAUCACGAGAUAGUCUUCCUCCUCUCUCUGAUGGGAUCAUUGGCAGCUAUUCAACUGUUGGUGGAAGACAGCUUUUCUGAACUCUGUCCCAAGGCAAAUCACGGCAGAACAAAACGCGUCCUCCGAUUAAGAUCCUGCGAUACCGUGUGCACAAGAUGCACAUACCCUAUGGAACCCACGCUUAAGGUUCUCAAGUAUAGAGAUGAAAACUGCGUUUGGGUUGAUGAACUCGGACGUUUUGUUGAAUGUUCACGUGUCCAGGUGGAAGUCAAUGCAGGCAGAGAGCUCAUACGACUGAACCAGAACCAUACGGAGUACAACUGCGAAGUAGAUAACUUCUGUUCUCUGGCUUGUAAGAUUGACAACGUGAUGAAUCAGUUUGGGACCUUGUCAAGCAUAAAUUUGGUGAAUCGUCAAGCGAGGAAAAGGAGGACAGGGGGAAGGAGGAAAGGAGAUGUGGGUAUCUUUCAUCGUUUUUUCAGGAUUUUUUUGGUUACAAGGAGAGCGAGGUCUGGAGGUCGACGAAGAAGAAUAUCUACGGCUGCUGCUGAGGAUGCACGUCUCCCUCCAAAGAAGAGGAGGAACAGGGGAGGAUAGUGCAUGGUCUUUGUGCUGGUGAUAUGCCUCUGAAGGAAAUGCAUAGAUAGCCAAGCAGUUUACAUCCACAUCGAUCUUAUUCUUACAUUUUCUUACCCUUUUUUCAUUUUGGUUUGGGUUGAACAAAAAUUAGGGAGCCCUUUGAGUUUUACUUUCUCGUUCUUUCUGUAAAUAGUGGAGGAGCCAAAUGAGCUUUGUU